GACCUCUUCCAGUCCCUCCUCCCCUUCCCUUUCUUUUCCUUCUUCUCGGUAAGCAUCCUCGCUCUCUCGCUCCCGACCCGGAGCUCGAUUCCAUCACUCAUCUACUCUCAUUGACCCAAGUCAAUCACGCACAUCAAAUGGCAGCCCCGCCACCCACAGAGGAGCGCGAGAACCGCCGGACACACACCAAGUCUCGCACCGGCUGUCUGGUAUGCAAGAGACGGCGGGUCAAGUGCGACGAGACGCGCCCCCGUUGCCGCAAAUGCACGUAUGGGAACCGAGCGUGCGUGUACUCGUCGUCUUCGUCUUCGACGUUGCACCUGAUCCCCGGGAGCCCGAGCCCGAGGCCGAGGCCCAAUGGGCAUGAUCGUGCUGCCUCCGCCCGGACGCACUCUGCACACCAUGUAUCGAGGCCGGUACACGUCCAUAUUCCCGCCAUCAACAAUGCCUCGCCGUCCCCGUCUGGACAAUCACCUCGCGCCCACCCAGACGGCAACGGGCCGCUCACCUCCUUCAGCGUGCUUCAUCUCACCCUGUUCUACAACGCCAUCGCCAACAUGGCCGACUACAUGGCUCUCCAGGGCGAUAUCCACGUCAUCAUCAGCCACGCUCUGGGGAGCGCAUCAGAGGCCCCAUACGUCCUGUACCAGCUGCUGGCCCUGUCCGCGCUCCAUUCAUCUACGCGGCAGCCUCAAUCGUCGGCGCCCCCCCUGCAGCACGUGGCAACGGAGCUGCAGACGCGCGCGCUGGGCCUCUUCAACGGGACCCGCUGCCAUCUCUCGGACGAUACCUACCUCUCCGCCUUCCUCUUCGCCUCGUUUCUCGGCGUCCAUAGUCUUCACAUCGCCAUUGCCGAGCACCAGCACUCGGCGAGCAGCUUCAUCUCGGCGUUUGUCGACUACGUGCACAUUCACCGUGGUGUACGCUCCGUCAUCAGAGGAUACUGGGACCGCAUCAUGCAGUCGGACUUGAAGCACCUCCUCUCCAUCACGGCUUGGGUCGACGAGGCCGACACUUGCUCUUCCGAGCACACCGCCGAGACAGCCCGCUUGCGCGCCUGCCUGGACCAGUCGUCGUCGUCAUCGUCGUCGUCCCCCAUGCGAGCCUGCGUCGACGCCACUCGAUGGCUGGAAUGGAUCCUGCGACUCAAGGCGGACGGCCAUGACGAUCCACGGCGGGACGUGCAGGCCGUCAUGGCCUGGCCGCUGCUUGUUUCGGACGAAUAUACCGAGGCAUUAUACCAACGCCGACCCGAAGCCGUCGCCGUCUUUGCCUUUUACACGGCCGUCAUGUACCAGCAUCGCGACUUUUGGGUCUUUCGCAAUGUCGAGUCUGGGUUGGUGAGGGCCAUGGUUGAUCAUGUUGGGCCGUAUUGGGCCGACGCCUUGUCUUGGCCGCUGCUAGUUGUUCAAGGGGUGAAUCGGGGAAGAGGAGGUAGACAACGCAGUCGUUUUGAACGCGGUACAGACCCUUCUACACAAUGCGAUUCUACUCGAGGACACGCUUGAGUGAAGACACGUAACCCCAGUAUCGCACCAAGGUCGAUAGAAUAUAUGCUGUGCAAGCUCUAGACGGCUCGAUCUUGUCCCAACAUGUUCUCGAAUCACCUUUAAUUACGUGAGAAUGACUGGUCUCUUGCGGUUCGCCGCCUCUGUAAGUAUACUAUUCUCGGCAGUCUAGGGUAGCCCGGCGGACUAAAUCGGCCCCACUACGGAGUACCCUUUAAGUUCCUCUAUAAGCAUCAGAAAUUCAGAACCGCGAAC